AUGAUCACCUACCCCCUGACCCCCAUGAUCACCUACCUCCCAUACACCCUGCACUCCAUGAUCACCUACCUCCCAUACCCCCUGCACCCCAUGAUCACCUACCUCCCAUACCCCCUGCACCCCAUGAUCACCUACCUCCCAUACACCCUGCCCCCCAUGAUCACCUACCUCCCAUACCUGCCCCAUGAUCACUCCCACUCCCAGCCCACCCCCCUGCACUCCAUGAUCACCUACCUCCCAUACCCCCUGCACCCCAUGAUCACCUACCUCCCAUACCCCCUGCACCCCAUGAUCACCUACCUCCCAUACACCCUGCCCCCCAUGAUCACCUACCUCCCAUACACCCUGCCCCCCAUGAUCACCUACCUCCCAUACACCCUGCUGCACCCCAUGAUCACCUACCUGCCAUACACCCCUGCACCCCAUGAUCACCUACCUGCCAUACACCCCUGCACCCCAUGA